AUGGAAGGCUACCAGCCAUCCUCGUCCUCGAAAUCCACUAUAAGUGAAGACUAUCGAGCCUCCGAGACAGUGGUACCCGAUCUUAGCAGCACCGAUGUGGAUAUUGAAAGAGGCUCGACCACUGUCCUUCCUUCCGAUCCAUUUCAGCUUCGGGAUGGCCUGACGACACCUUCUGAGCUGCGGGCCCUGCGUCGUCGACGGAAAGGAAAGCGAGUAGCCAAGUACCAGCGCAAGCAGAAUAGCCUCAUCGAUGCGCUGCUUAAACCUAUGGAAGAACAUACAGAGGAGGCGAAGCGGGAAGAAGAGGCUGCUCGUAUACCUGUUAAAAUUGCCGUUUAUGCAAGUCUUAUCGCAAAUCUCAGCCUAUGCGUCCUGCAAAUGUACGCGGCCAUUUCAUCGCUGUCAUUGUCUCUGUUAGCAACGGGUAUCGAUUCGAUUUUCGACAUCGGGAGCAAUGUUCUUCUGUUUUGGCUGCAUAAGAAAGCCAAACAUAUGGAUUCCAACAGGUGGCCUGUCGGAGGCGCGCGCCUCGAGACAAUAGGAAAUAUCGUGUAUGGUACGUGCAUGGGCUCUGUCAAUCUUGUGGUGAUCGUGGAGUCGGCGAGGAGCUUGAUUACCAAGACCAACGACGAUCUUCAAGAAUUUCAUAUCCCCUCCAUCAUUGCUGUUGCAGCUGCUCUUGGCGUCAAGUUUCUCCUCUUCCUUUAUUGCUAUUCCCUCCGCAAUAGCUCAAGUCAAGUCCAUGUCCUAUGGGAGGAUCACCGUAAUGAUUUGUGGAUAAAUACUUUCGGUAUCCUCAUGUCCACCGGCGGCAGCAAGCUCCAAUGGUACUUGGAUCCAAUGGGCGCUAUUAUCAUUGCCCUUGGGGUCAUUAUAUCGUGGGGCCGAACAAUAUAUAGCGAGUUCAGCCUCCUCGCCGGGCGAUCGGCGCCUCACGAGUUCCUCCAGCUGCUCAUAUACAAAGUGGCCACUUUCAGCGAGGAGAUCAUCCAGGUCGACACCGUCCGGGCGUAUCAUGAUUACUUCGUUGAAGUGGAUAUAGUAUUGGACUCCACGACUCCGCUAUGGAAGGCACACGAUGUCGGGCAAGACCUACAGGAUAAGCUUGAAGUGCUGCCAAACGUGGAGCGCGCUUUCGUUCAUGUCGAUUAUGAAACCACGCAUUAUCCGGAACACCGCAAACAACUUCCAUAG